GGUCUUCGUGGCAGGAGGCUACUAGUGCACUACUUGUGUUAUGAUGUCGUGUGGAUUUUGACAGUCUAGUGGUGAAGUGAUCAGCUAUCAUGGCAGGCAGGGAAGGGGAAGGGACUCCCCCCAAGGGUGGAGCAGCCGGGGGCAAGCUUGAGAGCCUUCCCAGAGAGGACCUCAUAAAGUUUGUCAAGAAACAAACAAUGAUUCUCCAGAAGACCAAGGCUAAAUGUGACGAGCUGAGCAAAAAAGUUGAAAGUUUGGAAAAAGAGAAAGAAAAUUUGCCAACAGAGGGAGCUGGUGAUGCUACUGCUGCUGCAGAAAAGAUAAAGGAGUUAGAACAAACCGUCCAGGAUCUUCAGUCGGAGAGGGAGGAGACCAUUGCAGCCUACAAUGCUGCACAGCAAUCACAAGAAAAGGCCGCAGGAAAGAUUAAGGAGAUGGAAGAACAGCUGGAGUGUAUGAAGAUGAAGGAUGAAACACUGACCUCAUCGUUUCAGUUCAUGCAAGAAGAGCAGAAUAAGAUUAUGAAGGAAAACCAGGACCUUAAGGACCAGGUAGCCGUCCUGUCCAAUGCCAGAGAUGAGGUAUUGAACUCUCUGAAGGUGAUAAAGCAGCAGGGAGAUGGUGACAGGGAGGAGUUGAAACAGAGGCUGGAAAAGAUGGCGGCUGAGAAGGAGGAAGUACAGCGCCAAAUAGAGGAGUUGCAGGAAGAGCUCAAGACUAAGACUGCGGAGAUAGCCAGGCUGACUACAGAGGGUGCAGAAAGUUCAGCACUGAAGGAACAGCUUGCACAGUUGACAGCAGCAGCAGAACCCCUUAAGGCUGAGAGAGACGCUUUGCAAGAACAGGUGAUGAAGAAAUGUGAAGAACUUGAAGACUAUGCACAGGCUCUUCAGAAAGUGAAGGCUGAAAAGGAACAGCUUGGCAAGGAUUUCGCUCUGUUCCAGACUUCCAGUGGGGGGUUCCAGGAACAGCUUGGGGAGGUAACUCGCUUGCUGGAAGGAAUGCAGGAAGAAAGAAAAAGGAUGGAAGGAGAGAGAGACGAGAUGGAGAAGGAACAACACAGGCUGCAAGACUGGAUACAAAGAGACCAAUUAGAAAUCAAAGAACUGAAGUCAAAGGUUGAGAAAUUAACCAGUGAGAAAGACCAACUCAAGACUCAAUUAGAAGAGAAAUUAACAGAUGUUAAGUCUGAGAGGGAUCAGCUCAAAAAUGAACUCGGCAAUCUUCAGUCGAGCUCUGGUGAUUCUGAAGUUAAGGUUGCAGAGCUACAGACCCUGUGUGAAAAAUUAAAUGAUGAAAACUGCAAGCUUAAUGCUCAGGUUGAAGAGGCAUCUGGCCGUGAAUCAUCACUUAAAGAAGAAAACUGUCAGCUAAAUGCUGCAUUAAGUGAACUGCAGGCUGAAAAGCAGUCUUUGGUGGAUGAACUGAGUUCUCAUUCUAGUCAGAAGGAUGAUGAAGUCAAAGCUUCUGGUCUGAGGAUAACAGAGCUUGAAGAACAGUUGGAGAUUUGCAAGAAGGAGAUUAGUGAAUGGCAGCAAACUACAGAACAGGCUAAAGAAGCCGAGAGACAAACAAAAGAAGAAUUUGUUAAAGAAAAAGCUUCCUGGGAGGAGACGGAAAAACAGCUGAAAACUGAAAACAACAGACUUUUAUCUGAUCUGCAGGAAAAACAAGAUGGCAGAACCGAGACCGAGCAGGAACUGAUGAGCCUGCGCCAGGAAAGAGAAACGCUCGUGAAAGCAGUCAACAUACUCAAAGAAGAAAUCGAAAAAAUCAAAGAGCGAGAAACCGGGAUAGAAGAGGAAGUUACCCAGUUAAAGGAGGAAAGGGAAAUGCUGAACUUGGAGCUCCACAGUGCUCAAGAGAAACUCAAUGAGUGGGAGCACAUGAUUCAGAUGCUCAAAGACGACAAGGAGAGGGUCAUUCAAGAACUCGUAGAUGCAGAGGAAAGGGAGCGUAGCUGUGCCCAGGAGAUCGAGGAAGCUAUGAAUUCACUCAACGAAGCUCUGAAUGAGAGAGAUAAUCUUAGAGAAGAGGUGGUACGCAUGAGUGAAAGCACAGGGAACGUGACAAGUGAAAUCAGUUAUCUGCGGCAGAUGAUAGAUGAAGUUUUGACAGAAAAGAGCAAAAUGCAAGCAAGAAUUGAUGAACUUUUGGAGAAAGCAGGUGAGGGGGAGAGACCAGAAACUUUGAGAGAUAUGGUAGGUUUAGCUCUGGAUCCAAUACAAGAACACACAGACGAAGGAGAUGGAAGUGAGGAGCCACAACCAGAGGGCAGCACAUCAGUUCAAGCAGACGGCAGUAACCAAGAAGUUCCAAGGGAUCAGCUCUCUUUGUUGAAGGAUGCCGAAAUGAUAUUAAUGCAGAAAGUAGAUGAUUUAACAGAGAGGUUGGAAGCAUUAGAGCAAGAAAAACAGGAAUUGUUGAGGCAAUUGCAAUCAGGUUCACAGCUCACAGAUUCUGGUCAUAUGCAAUAUUGUGAUGCUGAACAGCAGACUGACUUCACUACUAGUCAAGACAAUCUUGCUGAGCAAGUUGAAUUACUGAAAGAUUCUGAAGGAAAACUUAUUGAUAAAAUAAAUGACUUAACUGAACAGCUUGAAAGUGUUAUUACAGAAAAAGAAGGGUUAAAAGCACAGAUUACAACAAUGAAAGAGCAACAGCAGACGAGCAGUACAGAGAAAGAGUUGGAAGAAAGCAGGGCACAGGUUAUUGUGUUGGAUUCCCAAUUGAAGGCCGUAAAAAAUAGAUUUCAGGAAAUGGAGCAGGAGAAAUCUGAACUACUGUCAUCUAAAAUCCAAGACUAUGAAUCAGUUAAGGCAGAAAAAGACAACAUGGCUGUUAUCAUUGAUCAGAUGAAACAAGAGCUGGGAUUGGUCAAAGAAGAGAAUUUGACGAGGGAGCAGCAACUGGUAACCACACAAGAAAGACUUUCGAUGUUACAGUCAGAAUUUGAAAGUGAAAUUGAGAGAAUGAAAGGGGAGUUGUCGCAGAGAGCUGAUCAGAUAACUUUACUGGAGAAUCAGCUCUCCGAGAGUAAAGAGCAGGUUUCGUCUGAGGGACAGCAACUUCAACAAGAAAUUCAGAAGAUAAAAACUGAGAAAGAAGAGGUUGAAGAAAAAUACCAGACUGAAAUGUCAGAGAAAAAACAAGAAAUUGCAGAAAUUCAACAGACUCUUUCAAAUACCCAAAAUGAAUUUGAGGUAUUUCAGGGUAAGAUGCAAGAGAUUACAGAAAGGAGCUCAGUUUUGCAGACGGAAAUUGAUGAAUGUAGGUCAUCUAUUGAAAAACUGACCAAUGAGAAGAAGGAACUUAUGACCCAGCUUAGCGAUGUUCAGAAGGAAAGGAAUGAUCUUAAAAGUAUGGUGGAAACUUUAAAAGAAGGAUCAUCGGAUUCUGCUCAGGAAUUAGUUCAUAGUCAGGAAAUGGUCUCUCAGUUGGAACUGGAAAAAGAAAAACUUAGUGCUCAGCUACAAGAAUUCCAAACAGCAAAGGAAGGAUUACAGGAGAAAUUGGAAGAAGCACAGAAGGAUUUAUCUGAAAAGAAUGCAAAGCUUGAGAAAUUUAUGCAUGAAGUUCAGGAAUUUAAUGGUGUUAUUUCUGAGCUGAAUGAGAAACUUGAUUCAAAAGAGGAGAAGCUAAAAACAUCUGCUCAAGAACUGGAUCUUACUAAACAAAAGAUUCAGGAAAUGGAAGAGAACAUGGAACGAACUCUGGCAGAAAAGAUAGGUGAAAUAGAAAACCAAGCCUGUUUAAGAGAGCAGAUGGAAAGCAAGUUACAAGAAGCCAGAGAAAUGAUUGAAAAACUUAACCAGGAAAAGUAUGUGGAUGUUUUAAAAAUUGCCAACGAAAAAGAAGUUUUGGAGCAGCAUUUUGCAGAACUUAAAGCAAAUUAUGAACACCUACAGCAGGACAUGACUACCAAAGAUGCUCAGUUACUGGAAAUGCAACAAAAACACGAGACAGACUUUGCAAACAAAAUGGCAGCAGAAGAGUCAAAAGAAGAAGAAUUGAAGCAACAACAUGCACAGAUGCUGGAAGAGAGUCAAAGAAGAAUAAACGAGCUCCAAGAGGCAAUAAGGGAACUGGAAAAGGAAAGUGCUGAUUUAAAAGAGCAGCUGAAGCAGGGAGAAGAAGCCAGGGAGAAACUACAAGGAGAAAAGCAGGAUUUGAUUGUUCAGAUGCAAGAUAUAAAGAAAAGGGAAGUGGAAAUCCAACAGAGAGCAGAGAUGGAAGACAACGAGAGAGUCAGUGAACUUGAGAAGAAGCUGGCGGAGACACAGGCUGCUGUGAAGUCAAAUGAAGAGAAGUCCAACAAGUUCAAAAUCUUGGCUGUCAAAGGGAAGAAAGAGACUGCUGAACUGAAGAAACAAGUUGAUGAUUUGAACUCCAAGACAACCAGUCUUCAGGCAGAGAAGGCGGAGUUAGAACAGCAAGUGAUACGGGCACAGGAGCAUGCUGGGAUUGCUGAAGAAGUGGACAAACUGAAGGCUGAAUGCGAGAGAUUGAGUGCCCUGUAUGACAAAGAGCAGGAGAGGUCCACAGCCCACGCCAAGGACCUGGAGACCACCAUAGGCGAACUCACAGAGCUGAAAGCCACAGUGGCGGACACCAAGGAGGAGAAGGAGAGACUGAACAAGGAGAUAGAGAGACUGGUGGAUGACAAGAAGGGGCUUGAUGCUCAAAUCACUGACAUGUCCAAUGAGCUGAAAGAGUUAAAUAAGAAUAGGAACGCUGAGAGGAUGAUGACAGACGAGAUUGUGCAAGAAAAGCAACAGUUGAUGGAAAAGCUAGCAGAACAACAGAGAGAAAGUGAAGAGGAAAAAGAAAAGCACAAAGCAGAACUGCAAAAGUUGCAAACUGAACUAGACAACAACAAACAGCGGCUACAGGACGCAGUCAGGGAGAUGGAAGAACAGCUGGAGUGUAUGAAGAUGAAGGAUGAAACACUGACCUCAUCGUUUCAGUUCAUGCAAGAAGAGCAGAAUAAGAUUAUGAAGGAAAACCAGCAAGAAAAAGUGGAAAUGCUAGAGAAAGAGAACCAGGACCUUAAGGACCAGGUAGCUGUCCUGUCCAAUGCCAGAGAUGAGGUCCUGAACUCUCUGAAGGUGAUAAAGCAGCAGGGAGAUGGCGACAGGGAAGAGUUGAAACAGAGGCUGGAAAAGAUGGGGGCUGAGAAGGAGGAAGUACAGCGCCAAAUAGAGGAGUUGCAGGAAGAGCUCAAGGCAAAGACUGCGGAGAUAGCCAGGCUGACUACAGAGGGUGCAGAAAGUUCAGCACUGAAGGAACAGCUUGCACAGUUGACAGCAGCAGCAGAACCCCUUAAGGCUGAGAGAGACGCUUUGCAAGAUCAGGUGACGAAGAAAUGUGAAGAACUCGAAGACUAUGCACAGGCUCUUCAGAAAGUGAAGGCUGAAAAGGAACAGCUUGGCAAGGAUUUCGCUCUGUUCCAGACUUCCAGUGGGGGGUUCCAGGAACAGCUUGGGGAGGUAACUCGCUUGCUGGAAGGGAUGCAGGAAGAAAGAAAAAGGAUGGAAGGAGAGAGAGACGAGAUGGAGAAGGAACAACACAGGCUGCAAGACUGGAUACAAAGAGACCAAUCAGAAAUCAAAGAAUUGAAGUCAAAGGUUGAGAAAUUAACCAGUGAGAAAGACCAACUCAAGACUCAAUUAGAAGAGAAAUUAACAGAAGUUAAGUCUGAGAGGGAUCAGCUCAAAAAUGAACUCGGCAAUCUUCAAUCCAGCUCUGGUGAUUCUGAAGUUAAGCUUGCAGAGCUACAGACCCUGUGUGAAAAAUUAAAUGAUGAAAACUGCAAGCUUAAUGCUCAGGUUGAAGAGGCGUCUGGCCGUGAAUCAUCACUUAAAGAAGAAAACUGUCAGCUAAAUGCUGCAUUAAGUGAACUGCAGGCUGAAAAGCAGUCUUUGGUGGAAGAACUGAGUUCUCAUUCUAGUCAGAAGGAUGAUGAAGUCAAAGCUUCUGAUCUGAGGAUAACAGAGCUUGAAGAACAGUUGGAGAUUUGCAAGAAGGAGAUUAGUGAAUGGCAGCAAACUACAGAACAGGCUAAAGAAGCCGAGAGACAAACAAAAGAAGAAUUUGUUAAAGAAAAAGCUUCCUGGGAGGAGACGGAAAAACAGCUGAAAACUGAAAACAACAGACUUUUAUCUGAUCUGCAGGAAAAACAAGAUGGCAGAACCGAGACUGAGCAGGAACUGACGAGCCUGCGCCAGGAAAGAGAAACGCUCGUGAAAGCAGUCAACAUACUCAAAGAAGAAAUCGAAAAAAUCAAAGAGCGAGAAACCGGGAUAGAAGAGGAAGUUACCCAGUUAAAGGAGGAAAGGGAAAUGCUGAACUUGGAGCUCCACAGUGCUCAAGAAAAACUCAACGAGUGGGAGCACAUGAUUCAAAUGCUCAAAGACGACAAGGAGAGGGUCAUUCAAGAACUCGUAGAUGCAGAGGAAAGGGAGCGUAGCUGUUCUCAGGAGAUUGAAGAAGCUAUGAAUUCACUCAACGAAGCUCUGAAUGAGAGAGACAAUCUUAGAGAAGAGGUGGUACGCAUGAGUGAGAGCACAGGGAACGUGACAAGUGAAAUCAGUUAUCUGCGACAGAUGAUAGAUGAAGUUUUGACAGAAAAGAGCAAAAUGCAAGCAAGAAUUGAUGAACUUUUGGAGAAAGCAGGUGAGGGAGAGAGACCAGAAACCUUGAGAGAUAUGGUAGGAUUAGCUCUGGAUCCAAUACAAGAACACACAGACGAAGGAGAUGGAAGUGAGGAGCCACAACCAGAGGGCAGCACAUCAGUUCAAGCAGACGGCAGUAGCCAAGAAGUUCCAAGGGAUCAGCUCUCUUUGUUGAAGGAUGCCGAAAUGAUAUUAAUGCAGAAAGUAGAUGAUUUAACAGGGAGGUUGGAAGCAUUAGAGCAAGAAAAACAAGAAUUGUUGAGGCAAUUGCAAUCAGGUUCACAGCUCACAGAUUCUGGUCACAUGCAAUAUUGUGAUGCUGAACAGCAGACAGAUGUCACUACUAGUCAAGACAAUCUUGCUGAGCAAGUUGAAUUACUGAAAGAUUCUGAAGGAAAACUAAUUGAUAAGAUAAAUGACUUAACUGAACAGCUUGAAAGUGUUAUUACGGAAAAAGAAGAGUUAAAAGUACAGAUUACAACGAUGAAAGAGCAACAGCAGUUGAGCAGCACAGAGAAGGAGUUGGAAGAAAGCAGGGCACAGGUUAUUGUGUUGGAUUCCCAACUGAAAGCUGUAAAAGAAAGAUUUCAGGAAAUGGAGGAGAAGUCUGAACUGCUGUCAUCUAAAAUCCAAGACUAUGAAUCAGUUAUGGCAGAAAAAGACAACAUGGCUGUUACUAUCGAUCAGAUGAAACAAGAGCUGGGAUUGGUCAAAGAAGAGAAUUUGACGAGGGAGCAGCAACUGGUAACCACACAAGAAAGACUUUCGAUGUUACAGUCAGAAUUUGAAAGUGAAAUUGAAAGAAUGAAAGGGGAGUUGUCGCAGAGAGCUGAUCAGAUAACUUUUCUGGAGAAUCAGCUCUCCGAGAGUAAAGAGCAGGUAUCGUCUGAGGGACAGCAACUUCAACAAGAAAUUCAGAAGUUAAAAACUGAGAAAGAAGAGGUCGAAGAAAAAUACCAGACUGAAAUGGUGGAGAAAAAACAAGAAAUUGCAGAAAUUCAGCAGACUCUUUCAAAUACCCAAAAUGAAUUUGAGGUAUUUCAGGGCAAGAUGCAAGAGAUUACAGAAAGGAGCUCAGUUUUGCAGACGGAAAUUGAUGAAUGUAGGUCAUCUAUUGAAAAACUGACCAAUGAGAAGAAGGAACUUAUGACCCAGCUUAGCGAUGUUCAGAAGGAAAGGAAUGAUCUUAAAAGUAUGGUGGAAACUUUGAAAGAAGGAUCAUCCGAUUCUGCUCAGGAAUUAGUUCAUAGUCAGGAAAUGGUCUCUCAGUUGGAACUGGAAAAAGAAAAACUUAGUGCUCAGCUGCAAGAAUUCCAAACAGCAAAGGAAGGAUUACAGGAGAAAUUGGAAGAAGCACAGAAGGAUUUAUCUGAAAAGAAUGCAAAGCUUGAGAAAUUUAUGCAUGAAGUUCAGGAAUUUAAUGGUGUUAUUUCUGAGCUGAAUGAGAAACUUGAUUCAAAAGAGGAGAAGCUAAAAACAUCUGCUCAAGAACUGGAUCUUACUAAACAAAAGAUUCAGGAAAUGGAAGAGAACAUGGAACGAACUCUGGCAGAAAAGAUAGGUGAAAUAAAAAACCAAGCCUGUUUAAGAGAGCAGAUGGAAAGCAAGUUACAAGAAGCCAGAGAAAUGAUUGAAAAACUUAACCAGGAAAAGUAUGUGGAUGUUUUAAAAAUUGCCAACGAAAAAGAAGUUUUGGAACAGCAUUUUGCAGAACUUAAAGCAAAUUAUGAACACCUGCAGCAGAACAUGACUACCAAAGAUGCUCAGUUACUGGAAAUGCAACAAAAACAUGAGAUAGACUUGGCAAACAAAAUGGCAGCCAAAGAGUUAAAAGAAGAAGAAUUGAAGCAACAACAUGCACAGAUGCUGGAAGAGAGUCGAAGAAAAAUAAAUGAGCUACAAGAGGCAAUAAGGGAACUGGAAAAGGAAAGUGAUGAUUUAAAAGAGCAGCUGAAGCAGGGAGAAGAAGCCAGGGAGAAACUACAAGGAGAAAAGCAGGAUUUGAUUGUUCAGAUGCAAGAUAUAAAGAAAAGGGAAGUGGAAAUCCAACAGAGAGCAGAGAUGGAAGACAACGAGAGAGUCAGUGAACUUGAGAAGAAACUGGCAGAGACACAGGCUGCUGUGAAGUCAAAUGAAGAGAAGUCCAACAAGUUCAAAAUCUUGGCUGUCAAAGGGAAGAAAGAGACUGCUGAACUGAAGAAACAAGUUGAUGAUUUGAACUCCAAGACAACCAGUCUUCAGGCAGAGAAGGCGGAGUUAGAACAACAAGUGAUACGGGCACAGGAGCAUGCUGGGAUUGCUGAAGAAGUGGACAAACUGAAGGCUGAAUGCGAGAGAUUGAGUGCCCUGUAUGACAAAGAGCAGGAGAGGUCCACAGCCCACGCCAAGGACCUGGAGACCACCAUAGGCGAACUCACAGAGCUGAAAGCCACAGUGGCCAACACCAAGGAGGAGAAGGAGAGACUGAACAAGGAGAUAGAGAGACUGGUGGAUGACAAGAAGGGGCUUGAUGCUCAAAUUACUGACUUGUCCAACGAGCUGAAAGAGUUAAAUAAGAAUAGGAACGCUGAGAGGAUGAUGACAGACGAGAUCGUGCAAGAAAAGCAACAGUUGAUGGAAAAGCUAGCAGAACAACAGAGAGAAAGUGAAGAGGAAAAAGAAAAGCACAAAGCAGAACUGCAAAAGUUGCAAACUGAACUAGACAACAACAAACAGCGGCUACAGGAUGCAGUCAGGGAGGCCAAGCACAGCAGCAUGGUGGACUUGGAGAUCGCGGACUACGAGCGCACAGUAAACAGCCUCCAGGAGCAGGUCAGACAGAAAGAGACCAGCAUUCACAGCGGAGAGAAAGAGAUUGCAAGACUGAAAGAAAACAUCAAGUCAUUGGAAAAGCAACUGGAUUCUGUUGAAAGCCAGAGAGUGCAAAGUGAAGAACGUGGAAACAAGCUAAAACAACUUCUAGUCAAGACCAAGAAAGACCUGGCAGAAGCAAGAAAACUGGAAUCAGAACAAAAAUCCUCUGAUGUCCAGAUGAGAGGACAGUUAGAAGCUGCAAAUCAGCUGGUGGAAGAUUACAAGGUUCAACUGUCAGAUCUUGCAGCGCAAAACCAGAAGUUCCAGGAGAAGCUGCGGAUGUCCAGUGAUUCCAGUCAGCGGAAUAUCAAAUCACUUGAAGCCAGGGUGCAAUCAUUGCAAGACGAGCUCAAUACCACCAGGGGGCAGCACCAAGCACUACAGGCUGAAUAUGAAGGCUACAAGGUUCGUGUUCACAGUGUGUUAAAACAGCAGAGGAGCAAGUCUGUUGACGUGGAUGAUGUCGAGAAGCAAGAAAGGGAGAAAUUGGAACAUCUUGUAGACCAACUGAAGACUAAACUACAGGAGACGAGUGAAAAUUUGCAGACCAUCCAGAAUGAGUAUGACAUAUUACAAGAGGAUCAUGACCGUCUGCUUCAGAACCACAGCAAAAUGCUGCAGGACAUGGCUGACAAGGAGAAAGCUUGGAGAGACAGGUUGGACCAGCUGACGGUAGAAAAUGCAGCUAGCAGCACGGAACACACUGAGACAAUCAAACAACUCAGCUGGCAGAAUGAAAACCUGUCACAUACAUUUAAGGAUCAGAUCAAGAGUCUCCAGGAGGACCACCACAGACAAGUAGAGAUGUUCCAGAAACAACUAGACAACUCUGAUAAUGAGAUAUUCCGCCUGGAGAGAGAGCUGCAGAUGGCUCAGCAGAGGGCAGCACAGAGGUCAGCUGAUCAAGACAGGAGCACUCCUGAGCAGCCACACCCUGUGGAGUUCAUAGCAAACCCCAGGCAGGUGGAGAGGGAGUCUGGAGAGGGCCAGGAACACACAGAACUUGAACCAGCAAAUACACAGAAGAUACCUAGUGGCAGCAGCUUGGUCCCCUUUGAGCAACUCUUAACCACCCCCAUGGAUGACACGAAAAGUGUGACCAGUGUGACAUCAUUUGAUGAAGAGAUCCUCAGGGCCAGCCUAAAUACAGCUGAGAAGAAGAUAGAACACUUGACUCAGUUGAUAAAUGAGAGUGAGGCAACAGUGAUGAGGCUGACAGAACAGGCAAAGAUUCUCAAGGAUGAGAUCAGGCGACUGGAGAGGAACCAAGAGAGGGAAAAUGCCAUAUCAAACCUUGAAUACCUGAAGAAUAUUGUACUGAAGUUUGUCACAUUAAAGACCAGUGAGGAGAGAGAACAGCUGGUGCCAGUGCUGAACACAAUGCUGAAACUGAGUCCUGACGAGAAGACGCUCAUCACUUCCAUAGCCAGAGGUGAAGAUGGCGCCACUGCAGGUAGUGAACAAGCUGGCUGGGGCUCGUACUUGCAUCGAUGGUCAGGAGGACUGGUGUAAUCGACAGACCUUUGGAGAAGACUGAGUGGCUGGUUUAGGGGGUC